CGGGCUGCGAGUGCAAAUGUCUCGCUCAGUGGGAGGAUCAGCUCCGUGUGAUGUGCUUCAUGGGAAAAACUGCAGUAACACCACAGACAGACAUUACACACUGUGCACAGGGCCAGAUCAGCUGGACUCUUCAACACCGCGGACUAGUGCUGUAUGAGUCAGAGAGGAGCAGAGCGGAGCGUCAUGUCAGAGCCGUUCGACUGUGACAGCUGUAAGGAGUCUCUGUAUGACAGGAAAUACAUCCAGGUGAACGACGUUCCCCACUGCAUCCCCUGUUACGACCGUCUGUACGCUAACACCUGCCAGGAAUGCAAAGAGCUCAUCGAACACAACUCACGGGAGCUGUAUUAUGAGGACAGGCAUUAUCACGAACACUGUUUCCGCUGCUCGCGCUGCAGCCGUUCGCUGGCGGACGAGCCGUUCACCUGUCAGGAAGACGCCCUGGUGUGUAACGACUGUUACUGCAAUGAGUUUUCAACUAAAUGUGUGGCCUGUGGGAAGACUGUGAUGCCAGGCUCCAAGCGGCUGGAGUACGGAGGCUGCGCGUGGCACGAGGAAUGCUUUGUUUGUUGUGGUUGUGAGCAGCCCAUCGGCGCCCAGUCGUUCAUCCCAGAUAAGGACGAGUACUACUGCGUGCCUUGUUAUGAGGGACGAUUUGCCCCACGCUGUGCCCACUGCAAACAGAUCUUGGUUCAGGGUGGUGUUACAUAUAGAGACGAGCCCUGGCAUAAAGAAUGUUUCUUGUGUACGGGUUGUAAAGUGCAGCUCGCCGGACAGCCUUUCACGACGCAGGGUGAAGAUCCAUACUGUGUGAAGUGCUUCAGCAACCUGUACGCCCAAAAAUGCUCUGCCUGCAACAAACCCAUCACAGGUUUUGGAGAAGGGAAGUACAUCUCGUUUGAGGAGCGUCAGUGGCAUCAGCCAUGUUUUAAGUGCUCUGAAUGUUCUGUGUCUCUGGUUGGAGCAGGAUUCUUCCCCGACGGAACAAAGAUUCUCUGCAAAAGCUGCAAUGCCAAAUAACCCACAACUGCUUUUUUU